AUGGACCACAACCUCCUCGUAUCGGAGCUUCAAGCUUUGAUAGUUGAGACAAAACGACGGAAUCCAGAUGUGAAAGACGCAAGUGAAGCUGCUCUGGAACUCUUGAAGGGAGGUGCAAUACCUAGAGAAAAGCUUCAAGAGCACGCAGACGUACUGUUGGAACCGAUAACGAAAGGAUGCAAGACCAAAAUAGCUAAAGUGAUAGGAAUUAGCAUAGCGGCUUUACAGAGAUUGGUAGCGUUAGGUGGUGUGCCAACAAGCAAUCUUCCUGAUGUCCUUCAGACGUUGUCAAGCGUAUCCAACCAGGCUGUAGAUAUUCAGCUGAAAAUUCUGCAAACUCUCUUAUCGAUCUUGACGUAUAAUCAAGAUGUUCAUGAUGAAGUGUUGGGCAACGCUCUCUUACUAUGCUUCAAACUGCAAGAAUCCCGAGUAUCAGUCGUAUCCUCAACAGCAGCAGCUACGCUCCGUCAAGCAGUGAUGCUGAUAUUCGAUCGACUAUCUUCACCUCUUCCUUCUUCUGAUACACCGCCCAUCCCCUUGACCUUACCUACGGAUCCAGUAACGGAAUUAUCUAUUCCGCCAUCCGCUCAUGACGCUUAUAACAUUUUCUCGGAUCUUUGUCUCUUGACUGCUUCAGCAGGGGGCGGUGGUGGGAUACAUUUGUGGGGAAACAGCGAGAAAGAGGUGAAACCAAGUUUAUUGAAACUGCAUAAUCUGAAUAAGACGUUUGGGUUGGAAUUGAUAGAGAGUAUCCUGAGUGGUUAUGAGGAAUCCGUUAAGAAGCAACCGGAACUCCUAUUCUUACUUCAAUAUUCUCUUGACCCCUUAUUGCUCAAACUGCUAUCCGAAAAACCAUCUUUCCCUAUAGCACUGCGAAUCUGCAGAUUGAUCUUCCUCCUCAUCAAAUCAUUCACCGAUCAAUUGCCCGAGCAGGUGGAAGUUUACUUGACGACGUUGAUCAAGAUGGGUAUGGGCGAGCAUGAAUCUCACGAGAGAGACAUACAUCAUGGGUGGUUGAGGGUAUUAGCUUUGGAAAUCAUAAGAGGACUAUGCGGUGAUACAACACUCCUUCUAAAUAUCUACGCACACUACGACUCCGUCAAAACCUCUACUUCUUCCAAAUUAUACAACAAAAUAGUCACUUCGUUAUCCCGCCUAAUCAAUGAGAAGCCAGUGUUACUAGGGAUAGGAACUCAGAUGCAUGGCAUUGGUGUACCCCACACGGACCCUACCAGUCCCGGCACCAAUCCCCAUGCGAGCUAUCUAGACCUAGGUAUCGGUAUGGUCAGUUCCGCUGCGACCGCUGGAGUGAAUACGAUGAAUGCGAUGAUGGGUGGUCAAGGCGGGGGUUUGAGUGCUGCUUCUGGGGUGAAGUUGAGAUUGAUCGAACAGCAUGACAAAGCGGAAGCACCCCUUGUUCCAGAGACUUACAUCUACUUGCUCGCCCUGCAAUCCCUUAACGCCAUUGCCAACGGCAUCUACACCUCUGUAGCCAGCGCCGCUACACCUAUCGAACCUAUAAAGGCUAUGGCUUCUUCCGCUUGGCCUGCCUUACUCGCAGCUCUAUCGUACGCUAUGGGCACCAACCUCUCUGAUCAGCUAUUCGCCGAGGUCUUAACAGCUCUACAAGACUUCGCGGUCGGUUGUGGGUUGCUGGACCUGAAGACGCCCCGAGACGCAUUCCUCAGUAUUCUAGGAAAAUACGCAGUACCUCCUCCAGUCGUCUCAGCCAUGCAAUCUUAUAUGGAAAACCCAAAUCCACCUCGUAAUCCCAGUGUGAUAUCCGCCGACGCUCUUGGCUUUUCAGCUCUCGGUGUAGGCGGUCCUUCAGGUCCCCCUAGCUUGUCGGAACGAAAUCUAGCUUGUCUACGAAGUACAGUAAACACAGCUCGAGUACUUGGACCUUCAUUGGGCAAAGCGUGGCAUGAUGUCCUGGAGAUAUUGCAGAAUGCGAAUUUCCUCCUUGCUGCUCGGAAGCCUUCCAUGGGCAGGAGACCGACGGUACCUGGUGGCUCACCUAGUAAUCCCAUGUCACCCGGUACACCUCGGCCAUCUGGAGAAAUGAGCGAGAAUAAACCAGACAUCUUACAAGAUCUCGAUCCGGAGUCCAUACAACUUUUAAUCAAUGCUUUAUUCGACUCAUCAAGGGAUCUACCGGAUGAAGCUUUUACGACUUUCGUGACUGCUCUUUGUCAGCUCAGCUCCGAGAUGAUCGGUAUGAAUGCUUCAAACCCCAUGUCAUCGGAUAUCGGCGACUAUUCAGCCCCUUCAACACCUAAUCUGGCACUAUCGCCUUCCCAGGAUCCACAGCGGAGAAGGACAAGUGGGAUAAACAUAUCGCACAGUAUCAAGUCGGGUGAACGGUCAUUCAGUCUGACUAAACUCAGGGUGGUAUCAACGCUGAAUUUGAAUCGAAUAAUAACGCAAGAACCAGAGGUAGGGUGGUCAGUGGUCACUCAGCAUCUGCUGGCUGUUGCAAGGCAUCUCACUGCCCCCGCGACAAUACGUACUCAAGCUUCCGAUGCACUCGGUGAAUUGCUUCUGGCGGCUGUCAGGAUAGGUAAAGAAGAUCGCAUUCAACAUCAGGUCUUCGACGUUCUGGUGAAACAGGUAGACGUCCACCCAGUCAGUAACACCAUCUCAACCGAUUACGAAGUGCGUUCAGCAGGAUAUCAGACCUUGAAUCAGAUACUGGAAUCAUCCGGUCAUUCAUUGUCUGUAGGCUGGUCAACAAUUUUCGGAAUGCUGGAUUCGAUAUGUCAAGAUAAGGAUAAAGAAAUACUCUCCUUCCCAUUCAAUAACCCACAACCACCCGAAACUCCUAUUUCACCUGUAUCCGAAUUCCGUCGACCGUCGAUGAUGCAUUCUAAAGGAAACGCCAAUUUGGUCAGGAUAGCUUUCCCGUCACUGCAAUUGAUCUGUACGGACUUCUUAUCGUCACUAGACAAGGAAGCAAUGAAAGGUUGUAUAACCUGUUUGGGUCAUUUCGGUCAACAGAUUGACGAUGUCAAUAUCACUCUCGCCGCUAUAGGGUUGCUAUGGACUGUAUCUGAUGCGGUUCAAACUCAACUUCAAGAUGACCCCAACGAAUUGUGGUUAUACCUCUUGACUGAAUUACUAGAACUGAGUAAAGAUCCGAGACUGGAAGUGAGGAACAGUGCGAUGCAAACUCUAUUUAGAUGUAUUGAAUUAUACGGGUCAAAUUUAUCUCCGAAUUUAUGGCAAAACGUAUUCGAACAAGUGAUCCACCCAUUAAUGGAUUCUACCGAAGGUGACGAGUCUUCAAUAUUGGCUUUAACCUCCAUUGGGAAUAUAUUCGGUAAUUUCUUAACCCAGAUUAAUAGAUUGUCGACUUUCCAAGAAAUAUUGAAGAAAUUCUUAGAUAGGGUGAAGACAGCUUGGGAAGUUGAACCUAGAAAUUGUGCCACAGCGGGAUUGAAAGCUCUAGAAAGAGUAUUGAUAGCACUCAAAUCUAGCGAUGGCGAAGUUCUUGGUGAGAAUAGGGAUCUAAUCGUGGAAGACACCUGGAAGACAUUCUUAGAUAUCGGAACGAGGUUUACGGAAAGUGAGAACUCGUAUUCACAAGAUAACUUGAUGAAUCUAGUGAAAGUCGGAUCACGAUUACAUGAUCAAUUCUCAUUAUCAUCCUCCUCAUCGAGAUCACCAAAAUCAAAUGAAUUAUCGAAUAUUUUGAGAUCAAUUAUGACAUAUACGAGAUCAACAGAUUAUCGACCUGAUAUCGAUACGUUAUCACCCUUACAAUCGUCCAUCUCGACUUUGAUAUCUAAUUCACAGGAGUUUUCAAUAAGUCAAAGAUUGAAUGAUUUAGCUGAGUUUGCAUCUUUGGCGUAUUUUAGCGCGGGUGAACCGUCAAGCGCGACUGGGACAGGAACCGGGGUGAAAUUGACCUAUGUGGGAUUGACGAAAUGGUCGAUGCCUAAGAUCGUUGAUAUACUAGGUGAAAAUCAGAAUAGCACAAAGGGGAAAGGGGAAGGAAAGGAGAUUUAUGAAGAUGGAACGAUUGAAAAUGUACUAGGUGCAUACUCAAUACCGAUCAAAUUGAGAUAUGAUUGUCCGCCUGCUAAUAAAUUUGGUGAUGACCCCCCUUUAUGGAAGACUGCUAUGACUACAUUCGUAGCUGUUCUGGAUAUAGUGAUGGCUACUCUUGACACAGAGAAAAUAUCGUUGCAACGCUUCGAGGCUAUUUGGUCUCAGAUAAUGGAGAUUUUCAGUGGGAUGUUACUGGCGGAUAGUUCUGAAGACAUUUCAGCCGACGACGAGACAUUCGUAAUAGCCCAUCUAACCCAUUUACGAACCGUCAUUCUGCCUCGACUAGGUGAUCCACGGAUACCAGAUCGGAUCAUCGUGCAGCUUUCUGACGGUCUGCGCAAGGCAUCUGUAUUGUAUCAUUACGAUGUUCGAGUAAACGGAGGAACCACUGCGCCGGGUAUACCCGAGUCACAAGAGGAGCUGAGGUAUUGGGCAUUAGAUUUACUUGUGUCACUAUCGACUAAGAAGGAAGGCGAUCCCCAAAAGCAGAAGAGAGUCGCAGGAUUGGCCGUACCUGCUUUGAUGAAAAGAUUUGGAGAGAGCUUGAAUAGAUGGUUGAACGAUAAGAAACUGAGAGGAAACCUUCCUUUCGGUCGUGUACGCGAAGAUGAGAUAUUGUUCGUACUCAGACAUCUCGCUACUAUUCGAGUGUAUGAGGGCAGUCUCAUGUCAGAUAAUCAAGCCUCAGAAACGCUCUCAGCGAUAUACGAGACAUCCUCCCGAUCCCACUUAUUCCACUUCUACCCCUUAUUGUUACAAUUCAGCUUCUUACCCCAUACUCCAUCGAUGUGGAUCUUCCCCUCUGAGCAUUCCCAACUGUUCGGCUUACCGCCUCGCGAAUCCCAAGAGGAAGCCCAACCACCGCCCGAAGAAGGAGAAGAAGGACAUGAAGAUGAGGAACAACAGGUGAAUGCGGGUGAUUGUGGAAAUCUGAUAGAAGUCAGUGCGGGACAAUUGGCGAGGAGAUGUUUGGAGUUGAUAGGUGAAGAGAUGGGCAUGACCGUAUAA